CGGCGCGGCUAUUAAGCGGCGCGCGGCGGCCGCUCGCAGCCCGAGCUGGUGCUUCGCCCCAGACCCAGCGCCCAGGCGUGCCGCCCCGAGAGCAGCCGCGCGAAGGCCUCCCGCGCCCGCCCGCCCGUCAGCCCGCCGCCAGCCCCGCGCCUCCGUCGGCCCGAGCCCCGCGCGCCCCGCCGCAGCCCCGCCAGCGAGCGCCAUGAACCAGAUAGAGCCCGGCGUGCAGUACAACUACGUGUACGACGAGGAUGAGUACAUGAUCCAGGAGGAGGAGUGGGACCGCGACCUGCUCCUCGACCCGGCCUGGGAGAAGCAGCAGAGGAAGACCUUCACCGCCUGGUGUAACUCCCACCUGAGGAAAGCUGGCACCCAGAUUGAGAACAUCGAGGAAGACUUCAGGAAUGGCCUUAAGCUCAUGCUGCUUUUGGAAGUCAUCUCAGGGGAAAGGCUGCCCAAACCUGACCGAGGAAAAAUGCGGUUCCACAAAAUUGCUAAUGUCAACAAAGCUUUGGAUUACAUAGCCAGCAAAGGGGUGAAACUGGUGUCCAUCGGGGCGGAAGAAAUUGUCGAUGGCAACGUGAAAAUGACCUUGGGUAUGAUCUGGACCAUCAUCCUUCGCUUUGCUAUUCAGGAUAUUUCAGUUGAAGAAACAUCUGCCAAGGAAGGUCUGCUGCUUUGGUGUCAGAGGAAAACCGCUCCUUACAGAAAUGUGAACAUUCAGAACUUCCACACUAGCUGGAAAGAUGGCCUUGGACUCUGUGCCCUCAUCCACAGACACCGGCCCGACCUCAUUGACUACUCAAAGCUUAACAAGGAUGACCCCAUAGGAAAUAUUAACCUGGCCAUGGAAAUCGCAGAGAAGCACCUGGAUAUUCCUAAAAUGCUGGAUGCUGAAGACAUUGUGAACACCCCCAAACCCGAUGAAAGAGCCAUCAUGACGUACGUCUCUUGCUUCUACCACGCCUUUGCGGGCGCGGAGCAGGCCGAGACAGCAGCUAACAGGAUAUGUAAGGUUCUUGCUGUGAAUCAAGAGAAUGAGAGGCUGAUGGAAGAAUAUGAGAGGCUAGCGAGUGAGCUUUUGGAAUGGAUCCGCCGCACGAUCCCCUGGCUUGAGAACCGGACUCCUGAGAAGACCAUGCAAGCCAUGCAGAAGAAGCUGGAGGACUUCCGGGAUUACCGCCGGAAGCAUAAGCCCCCCAAGGUGCAGGAGAAGUGCCAGCUGGAGAUCAACUUCAACACGUUGCAGACCAAGUUGCGGAUCAGCAACCGCCCAGCCUUUAUGCCCUCGGAGGGCAAGAUGGUGUCGGACAUUGCUGGUGCCUGGCAGAGGCUGGAGCAGGCGGAGAAGGGUUACGAGGAGUGGCUGCUCAACGAGAUCCGGAGACUGGAGCGCCUGGAGCACCUUGCGGAGAAGUUCAGGCAGAAAGCCUCCACGCACGAGACCUGGGCUUACGGCAAGGAGCAGAUCCUGCUGCAGAAGGACUACGAGUCGGCGUCGCUGACCGAGCUGCGGGCGAUGCUGCGGAAGCACGAGGCGUUCGAGAGCGACCUGGCGGCGCACCAGGACCGCGUGGAGCAGAUCGCGGCCAUCGCGCAGGAGCUCAAUGAGCUGGACUAUCACGACGCUGUGAAUGUCAAUGAUCGGUGCCAGAAAAUUUGUGACCAGUGGGACAGAUUGGGAACGCUGACCCAGAAGAGGAGAGAGGCCCUGGAGAGAACUGAGAAAUUGCUAGAAACCAUCGAUCAGCUUCACCUGGAGUUUGCCAAGAGAGCAGCUCCUUUCAACAACUGGAUGGAGGGUGCGAUGGAGGACCUGCAGGACAUGUUUAUUGUCCAUAGCAUUGAGGAGAUCCAGAGUUUGAUCACUGCCCAUGAGCAGUUCAAGGCCACGCUGCCCGAGGCGGACGGGGAGCGGCAGUCCAUCCUGGCCAUCCAGAACGAGGUGGAGAAGGUGAUUCAGAGCUACAACAUCAGAAUCAGCUCCAGCAACCCGUACAGCACCGUCACCAUGGAUGAGAUCCGGAACAAGUGGGACAAGGUGAAGCAGCUGGUGCCCAUCCGCGAUCAGUCCCUGCAGGAGGAGCUGGCCCGCCAGCACGCUAACGAGCGUCUGAGGCGCCAGUUUGCGGCACAGGCCAACGCCAUUGGGCCAUGGAUCCAGAACAAGAUGGAGGAGAUUGCUCGGAGCUCCAUCCAGAUCACAGGGGCCCUGGAGGACCAGAUGAACCAGCUGAAGCAGUAUGAGCACAACAUCAUCAACUACAAGAACAACAUCGACAAGCUGGAGGGAGACCACCAGCUCAUCCAGGAGGCCCUUGUCUUCGACAACAAGCACACCAACUACACCAUGGAGCACAUUCGCGUUGGGUGGGAGCUGCUCCUGACGACCAUCGCCAGGACGAUCAACGAGGUGGAGACGCAGAUCCUCAUGAGGGACGCCAAGGGCAUCACCCAGGAGCAGAUGAACGAGUUCAGAGCCUCCUUCAACCACUUCGACAGGAGGAAGAAUGGGCUGAUGGAUCAUGAGGACUUCAGAGCCUGCCUGAUCUCCAUGGGCUAUGAUUUGGGUGAAGCCGAGUUUGCCCGUAUCAUGACCCUGGUUGACCCCAAUGGACAAGGCACGGUCACCUUCCAAUCCUUCAUCGACUUCAUGACUAGAGAGACCGCCGACACCGACACCGCGGAGCAGGUCAUCGCCUCCUUCCGAAUCCUGGCUUCCGAUAAGCCCUAUAUUCUGGCAGAGGAGCUGCGUCGGGAGCUGCCCCCGGACCAGGCCCAGUACUGCAUCAAGAGGAUGCCCACCUACACAGGCCCGGGCAGCGUGCCCGGCGCGCUGGAUUACACCGCGUUCUCCUCUGCGCUCUAUGGGGAGAGCGAUCUGUGAUGCCGAGGUUCUGUAAUCACUGAUGCCAGCAGAACGCAAUAAAAGCUGAAGUCACAGUUGGUUUCCUGGAAACUCUGACAAGCUUUAUUAAGUUAAGAGAGAGGAGAAAAACAAAGGAAUUUUCUCAGUAACUGCUAGCAAUGUAACACAGCUGAAACAAAGUUUCUAUAGUAUAUGACAUAGUAUGCUUCAUAAAUAGGUUUAUUUCUGAAUUUUUAGCUAAAUGUAACGAAAUACCAGGUUGGUUUGUUUCUUUGAUUAAACAACGCAAAUUACUUGAGUAGUGUACAAUUAGGAAGAUCUAGGGACAGAAGGAAAGUGAAAGAAAUGUGAAAAUCCAAAAUACCCAAGACUCAAGACCAGGCAAAAAAUCCACAAAUUGAUUAAAAAAAAAAAAAAGUUUGAUAUUUAAAAAAUAUCAAUUUUUUUCCAUCUCUAUUAUGCUUAGGUGAUUAACCCUAGGGGAAUAUACUUGGGAUUCUAGUGUUUUAUUUUCUUGCUUUUCCAAAGAUUAGCUCAAUUUAAGUAAUACUAUCAUAUCUUCAGUUGAAUUUAAUAUUUUGAGAUGGAACUACCAGGGAUUCAAAACAGGCUACCCAGAAGAUCUUUAGUACCUACAAUUUUUAAAACAGAGUUUAUAGUCACCUCGUCUUUAUUUAGGACUUGACAGUCCAAUUAGUGAGUUGUGAUGCCUUAAUUAUCCUCUGGAGUGGGGCCCUGAGGACACUUGGAAGUCAGUUUCAUUGCCAGAGAGAAAGAUGGAGUCACUAGAUAAAGUGAGGUUUUUAGGAUUAUUUAUUGAUUCCAGGUUCUCAUGCUUUUUUUUUUUUUUGUUUAAAGCUUGCUAGUACAGGUUCUCAAGAGAUGACCGACCGCAUAUAAGUGCUCUGUUUUUAGAUAAACAGGUUCCUAUAGUAGUCGUUCGUAACAAGAGACAAGUCAGAAACCAGUAUCCGUCCAGCUCUCCCGGCAGGGCUUCUUCAUGCCUUUAGUUUUAUGACCUGCUAAGGAGAAGCCAGAGUUAAUAGGAAAGGACUAACCUCAACAACAGCGGCGGUAAGUUCUUUCAUUGCAGAACCUUUACAUACCUUCUGUGUAGUAGAAAUUAGUAGAUAUUUUAGCUGGUGUCCAGUGUGCGUUCAGCCCUGGGAUUGCAGAGUGUAUGCUGACACGUCCCGAGUCAAGCUCUGUCUGUGUCUGGGCCCUGCUCCGUGACAGAGGACGCUGCGUGUCCUCCUGUGACCACGUCUAGAGCUGUGGAGUGUUCCUUCAUUUUUCCCUUGUGCUACCAUGUACCAUAACUCCCCCCUCUGUUCUCCCAUCUUAUUGACAGCUUGUAGAGAAUAAAGCAGGAAUUCUUUUUA